AGAACGGACAGGGGCGCGCGGGAGGUGCGCAGAGCUCUCCCGCUGCCUGCGCUCGCCGCGCCUAGGGAAUUGGGCUUUGGGCGAGGCGGCCCAGGCUGGCCUUUAUCGCUCGUCCCGCUGGUCGUUUGAAACUUUAUCAGCGAGUCUCGCCACUCGCCGCAGACCAAGAGGGGGGCGGGGGCGGGGGCGAGGCGCGGCGCCGGCGACCGUGACGAGGCGCUCCAAGCGCUGAGCGCUUCUGCUCUGGGCACGGAUGGCGCCCGCACACGGAGUCUGACCUAAUGCGGACGCAAGGGGGUUAAUAUGAACACCCCUCUCGGUGGAAUCUGGCUCUGGCUCCCUCUGCUCUUGACCUGGCUCAGCCCGGAGGUCAGCUCUUCAUGGUGGUACAUGAAAGCAACAGGCGGCUCCUCCAGGGUGAUGUGCGACAAUGUGCCAGGACUGGUGAGCCGCCAGCGGCAGCUGUGCCACCGACACCCAGAUGUGAUGCGUGCCAUUGGCCUGGGCGUGGCCGAGUGGACAGCCGAGUGCCAGCACCAGUUCCGCCAGCACCGCUGGAACUGCAACACCCUGGACAGGGACCACAGCCUCUUUGGCAGAGUCCUGCUCCGAAGUAGUCGAGAAUCUGCCUUUGUUUACGCCAUCUCCUCAGCUGGAGUUGUAUUUGCCAUCACCAGGGCCUGUAGCCAAGGAGAAUUAAAAUCCUGUUCCUGUGAUCCAAAGAAGAAGGGAACCGCCAAGGACAGCAAGGGCACUUUCGACUGGGGUGGCUGCAGUGAUAACAUUGACUAUGGGAUCAAAUUUGCUCGAGCGUUUGUGGACGCCAAGGAAAGGAAAGGAAAGGACGCCAGAGCCCUGAUGAAUCUGCACAACAACAGAGCUGGCAGGAAGGCUGUAAAGAGGUUUUUGAAACAAGAGUGCAAGUGUCACGGCGUGAGUGGUUCAUGCACUCUGCGGACAUGCUGGCUGGCCAUGGCCGACUUCAGAAAAACGGGUGAUUAUCUGUGGAGAAAGUACAACGGGGCCAUCCAGGUCGUCAUGAACCAGGAUGGCACUGGCUUCACUGUGGCUAACAAGAGGUUUAAGAAGCCAACGAAAAACGACCUCGUGUAUUUUGAGAAUUCUCCAGACUACUGUAUCAGGGACCGAGAUGCAGGCUCCCUGGGUACAGCAGGACGUGUGUGCAACCUGACCUCCAGAGGCAUGGACAGCUGUGAAGUCAUGUGCUGCGGGAGAGGCUACGACACCUCCCACGUCACAAGGAUGACCAAGUGUGAGUGUAAGUUCCACUGGUGCUGUGCCGUCCGCUGUCAGGACUGCCUGGAGGCCCUGGAUGUGCACACGUGCAAGGCCCCUAAGAGCGCUGACUGGGCGGCUACCACAUGACCAUAGCAGAGGUCACCGUCCGCCUUCCCUCUCUCAAGAACUCCACUGGAUCUGAAGGACACUGGGCCUUUGGGUUCUCUUGGGGAGAUAUUUCCUAAGGCAUGUGGCCUUUGUCUCAACAGAAGCUCCUCCUCCCUCCCUGGAGGCCCCGGGACUGGGCCACAUGCUGCACGCAGAGCAGGCCCUACUCUCUUCACUUCUGGUACUCUGGGGCACAUCUCUGCCUGGUCACUAGAGGGGAGGGUGGGGGUGGGCCCAGAUCACUGUCUCCACCCACCUAAAGGGUUCCUCUUUUGAGAGCAUUUGGCCUGAGGGAGAAGGAGUGUCUCAAAUGAGCUUUCUCUGUUUUUCAACAAAUGAUCAAGUUAAAUUCCAUACUUCUCUCUGGAGGGUAAAGUAAAGAAAGCAAGAUGGACUGCCACUGAAUUAACUUUAAUUUUUGAAAAGACCAAGCAAGGCUUUUGCCCAGUCACGUGACUUCUACAGCCACUACUGCCAGGGCUAAUUGGUAAUCACCUGGAGAAUGGUGGUUUUCAAUAAACUUUAGGUUUAAAAUGCAUAUAUUUCAAGGCAUUUAUGACCAUAUUAAAAUCUGAUGUGACAAGG